AAGUGAAACAACGAACAAGAGACAAGUUCCAAGUGUCAAGUUCUUUUUUUUUUUUUUUGCUUUAUAGCACCGGUUUAGUCCGGUUCGGGGGCGAGUUCUGGCAUCAAGUGGUUCCAUCCCCCUCCCGAUCGCAGUUGCGGGGGAUCGAACCGUGGUUCUCCCUACCAAGUCCAGCGCCAAUCACCACUGGACCAACUAACGAUUGGUUCCAAGUGUCAAGUUCUAACAAGAAUAACCUACAACAACCUCAACAACAUUGAAGUCUCGUUUCAACCAACAACACGGUUUUGCUUUGUUUCUCACUAUUUGCAGUUCCAAUCUUGUAAAUUUCAUGGCUCACUUUAUGAAUAUACGCCAUCAACCAGUUUUCUUAAACAUUUCAUGUUUCUAUGACUCCACCAAGUUGCUUAAACAUAAAGCAUGUUCUUAUCUUCCAAAACUUGCCAAAUUUCAGAAAUAUAAUGGUGCCCUUUGUGCUAUUCAAGGUAAUGGAGAGUUAACAGGUCAUGUUAUCAACUCAUUCAACCAUAAGGUUUACAUUAAUAGUGGAGGAGAGUUGAAUGGUAUUCCUCAUAUACAAACUCUUAGAGAAUUUCCUAGAGAGGAGCUUUUCGGAAAAGUCGUCAUGGUUAGAUUUGAUUCUAACAUAUUGCUCAAGCAAGAUCAUAACCAGAAGAAUCAAUCAGAUUUUAAUGCACUGUUUACAAUUAAAUACUUACAUGAAGCUGAAGCAAAAGUCAUUCUAGUAAGUGAUUGGAAAACAAAUACUUCAGAAUUUCACUCUGAAUCAGUUGCAGAUUUCUUAUCAGGAAUUCUCCAAAUACAAGUUGUUCCACUGCAAGGCAUUUUUUGUAACAAGCUAUCAGAGAUUAAAGACCUCCAGAAAGAGAAUGUCUAUCUUAUUGAGAAUCUUUAUAAUAUCAAAGACGAAGUUGCUAAUUGUUUGAAGUUUUCUAGAGUAUUAUUGACAGGAGUUGAUAUCUUUGUCAACGACUCCUUCUCGAACUCUCAUAAAGUUCUAGCAUCAACCGUUGGUGUUACUCGUUUCUGCUAUGCUUGUUUAGCUGGUUUUCAUUUUGAGGAGAAUCUUCGUCUCGUGAAAAACUUGGCAGAAACCAACAAGAAACCGUAUGUAGCAAUUAUUGGAGGGGGUAAUCUUGCUGAGAAAGCAGCUUCCUUUCGGUUUUUAGCCUCCAGAUGCCAAGGUUUUGUUUUUGUUGGAAUGAUGUCAUUUCAAAUAAUGCACGCAUUAGGAGUACAAGUUCCCAUUGAUUUUGUCGAUCAUAAAGCAUUAAAGGAAGCUCUAGAUAUAUUGAAACUUGCUCGCGAUAACAAUGUGAAGAUAUUGUAUCCAAAGGAUUUUUGGUGCAGGAAUAAAUAUGAUCCAAAGCAAUCGCAUGUUUUUCCUUCUCUUGGAAUUUUGGAUGGUUGGGUGCCUAUUGACCUUGGACCUAUAACAUUGGAUGAAAUCGGUUCCUUUCUUACAGAUUGUAAGAAAAUACUUUGGAUUGGUCCAGUGAAAUUUGCUGAUGGAACUGAACACGCAAAUGGAGGAUCUAAAUUGGCGAAAAUUCUUGAUCAACUAAGCAAAGAAAACUGUGAAACAACUGUUGUUGGGACUACCGCGUGCAAUCUUGUGACACAAGAAACAAGUUCACUAUCAUCUAUAAACAUGGUUGAGAAUGCUUCAGUAGUAUGGGAAUUUCUCAAAGGAAGAAAACUCCCCGGUGUUAUGGCUGUUGAUAGAGCAUACCCUUUUGAAAUCAAGUGGAACAACGUUUACGCUGACCCGACUCAAUCUCUUGUGGUUGAUAUUGGAUGCGGCAAUGGACUUUUUCUUUUUGAAAUGGCUAGAAAGAGGAAAGAUUUGAACUUUCUCGGUUUGGAAAUGAAUGAAAAGCUUGUUUUGCGCUGUCUUGAUUCUAUUCAACAGUUUGGCAUAAAGAAUGGGCACUUCAUUGCUACUAAUGCAACAUCGACAUUUCGUUCAAUUGUUUCUUCUUACCCAGGAGAGUUAGUUCUUGUAUCAAUACAGUGUCCAAACCCUGAUUUCAAUAAACCUGAGCAUAGAUGGAGAAUGCUGCAAAGAUCUUUAAUCGAAGCAAUAGUCGAUCUUCUAGCAUAUGGUGGAAAGGUCUUUUUGCAAUCUGAUGUAGAAGAAGUAGCAAUGAGAAUGAAAGAACAGUUUUCGAGAUAUAGCAAGAAUAAGCUUGUUAUGGAGCAUGGCCAAAGUGAUUGGCUUGAUGAAAACCCGUUUGGAGUUAAGUCAGAUUGGGAAAAACACGUUUUAGAGCGUGGAGCGCCUAUGUAUCGAAUGUUGUUUUCUAAAUCAUCUGAGAUAAGAAGUGAAGUUUCAGUUUCAAAUGAUGUGAUUCAGAAAGUUGGUUAAUUCAUGAACCAAUUGAAUUAUACAUAGCUCAAGUUUGAUUAUUUUAUAAAUCAAGCUUAACUAGUUAAUCGUCAUAUCGUGACACUAACUAAUUUUGAGUUGAUGUUGUUCAUUGUAAGCUUUAAAAUUAGUACUAUUUUUUUGCAAAAGCUUUAAGAUUACUGAUUUAUAGAAGGAAAAAAAACAUAUUUGUCUGUAAAAAAACAAGUAAAUAUUCAAUACAUGUUCAGUAGAAAGAUAGACAAUGACAUAUUUGUCUAACCGUGUUUCUUCUAUGUGUUUUGU